CAGGAUCCUAACUAUGAUGAUUAUUAUUAUUACAAAAUGAGGAAAUAUUAUGAGAAACGUUCAUGGUUGUUAAAUGUGUCUCUAUUAGAGCCUUUCAAGGAGUUAAGAAGCCUUAGUCUAUCCCGUAAUGCAAUCGAUGGUUGCAUACCAGAUGAAGGAUUUGAAAAGCUUUCAACCCUAAGGAAUCUGGAAAUUUUAAACCUUGGUUACAACUUCUUUGAUGACAAUAGCAUUCUACAAUCUCUGGGUGCUAUCACUUCGCUCAAGACUUUAAAUCUUACUUGGAAUGAGUUGGAGGGAUACUUUCCAGCACAAGAAUUAGUUACGUUGAGAGAUUUGAACACGCUGGAUAUAAGCGUGAAUAGGUACAAUGGUACCCUCCCAAAUCAAGGUUUCGAAAGGCUAGCGGUACUGAGAAACUUGGAGACAUUGAUCCUCGAUUGGAAUAGGUUUGGCUACAGCGUCAUUCCAUCUCUAAGUAACCUUACAUCCCUUAUGACAUUAAGUCUUUCAGGGAAUAAUAUCAGAUUUGAUGAAGGAGUAAAUGUUGAAGGUAAUUAUAUUAUUAUAUUAUUAAUUCUUGGUCCUAUACUAAUUGCUUUUAGUCAUUUUAAUUUAUACCUUUUCUUAACUACAGGUUGGAAAAUGUUGUCAAGAUUGGAGAACCUAGAGAUAUUAGAUCUUAGAUACAAUGAACUCAACGACACUAGUUUUCUUCAAUCAAUUGCUGCAGUGAAAUCUCUUAAGACUCUCAAUCUUCUUGGAAAUCAGUUGACGGGAUCCUUUCCAACCAAAGAGCUAGCAAAUUUAACAAACUUGGAGGUUCUUAUCUUGGGAGGUAAUCAUUUUGGUGGACGACUAGCAAUCCAAGAAUUUUGUGCAUUGAAGAAGCUUGAAGUGUUAGAUCUAUCUGACAAUUACUUUGACGGGAUCCUACCUCCAUGCAUAAACAAUAUGACAUCUCUUGUGGUGUUAGAUAUUUCUAAUAACCAAUUUAAUGGAAAUGCUUCAUCAUCAUAUGUAGAAGCCAGCGGAAGAAGUCUCAAGUACAUUGAUUUUAGUUAUAACCAGUUUGUGGGCAUAUUCUCAUUCAACUUAUUUGCCAAUUACUCUAAGCUUGAGGUUCUUAGAUUCAACGGCCAAAACAAUAAAGUUGAAAUAGAAACUGAAGGUUCUAUGGGUUGGUCCCCCUUGUUUCAGCUGAAGAUCAUCGAAUUGCCCUAUUGUAGUCUGAACAAGCUCACCGGUAGUAUUCCAAAGUUUCUUCUUGCCCAGCAUGAACUGGAUACAGUUAAUCUUUCUCACAAUAAGUUGAAAGGAAACUUCCCGAAUUGGUUGGUUGAAAACAAUACAAGAUUACGCGUGCUAGAUCUUCAGAAUAACUCUUUUGUGGGUCAGUUAUAUUUACCAACAUUGAUCCACACGCAUAUGGUCUGGAUGGAUGUCUCGGCCAAUCACUUGGACGGAAAACUUUCAGAAAAUAUUGGCAGGAUUUUUCCAAAUUUAGUAUAUCUAAAUCUUUCCAAUAAUAAGCUUGAAGGUAAUCUUCCUUCCUCAAUUGGUGGCAUGCUUUAUUUGGAUAUAUUAGAUUUUUCUUCCAAUAAUUUCUCAGGCGGGGUACCAAGAGUAUUAAAUACAGGUUGCUUAUUAUUGAGCGUUUUGAACCUUGCUCGUAACAGCUUCAACGGUGAAAUUUUUGUUGGGACAAGCCAGAAAAUUCUGCAAAUGAAUGAUAAUCAAUUCACAAGUAUCACAUUGGUACCAAAUUCAACUCUUGACCUAUUAUAUUUAGAUAUCAGCAACAACGAAAUUUCAGGUACAAUCCCCCAAUGGCUUGGGAACGCGUCAUACUUGAGGACUCUUGUUAUGGCUAACAAUGAUUUUUAUGGUCGGAUCCCAUGUGAACUAAGUAUGAUAGGUUACUUUAGACCUUUCUCAUAACUUAUUUACGGGAUCGUUACCUUUUUGUUCGAAUCUGCCACAUCUUGAACACCUAUAUUUGCAAGGGAACAAAUUCACAGGAUCAAUACCGAAGGCUCUUUUCAAUUCCUCAUCUCUUUUGACAUUGGACAUUGGAGAUAACAACUUUACAGGCAGCAUCUCUGCUGAAAUCAAACAACUUCAACGCUUAAAAGUACUUUUGUUGAGUGGUAAUCGUUUCACUGGUAUAAUUCCGAAUCAGUUGUGUUUGUUAAGAAUGAUAAGCAUAAUGGAUCUUUCCAAGAA